UUUCUUCACUUUCCUCCACUUUUCCCCUCUCUUCUCAUAUAUAGAGGGAGAAAGAGAGCGUGUGAGAGCUCAUCCUCUCAUUUCAUUUUAAUUUCAAUCUCAUUUCAUCUCAAUUUGAGGCUCUGAAGAAAUGGAGAACGAGUCCACGGCUGUGGAAGUGAAGGGGGUUCCAUCCUACGCUGGGAAAUACGUCCAGUACAACGUGCUCGGUAACCUCUUCGAGGUCUCGGCUAAGUACGUUCCGCCGAUUCAGCCGGUUGGCCGUGGCGCCUAUGGAAUCGUUUGCUGUGCGACGAAUUCCGAGACAAAUAAGGAAGUCGCAAUCAAGAAGAUUGGGAAUGCAUUUGACAACAGGAUUGAUGCUAAAAGGACACUCCGGGAGAUCAAACUCCUUUGCCAUAUGGAUCAUGAAAAUAUUGUCAAAAUUAAGGACAUCAUAAGGCCACCUGACAAGGAAAAGUUCAAUGAUGUGUAUAUUGUUUAUGAAUUAAUGGAUACUGAUCUACAUCAGAUAAUACGCUCUUCCCAGGCACUAACAGAUGAUCAUUGUCAGUAUUUCCUGUAUCAAUUAUUGCGAGGGCUGAAGUAUAUACACUCUGCCAAUGUUUUGCAUCGAGAUUUGAAACCAAGCAACCUACUACUGAAUGCUGACUGUGACCUCAAGAUUUGUGACUUUGGACUUGCAAGAACCACCUCAGAGACAGAUUUCAUGACAGAAUAUGUUGUUACCCGGUGGUAUCGAGCCCCUGAAUUGCUACUCAACUGUUCAGAAUAUACUGCAGCCAUUGAUAUCUGGUCAGUUGGUUGCAUUUUGAUGGAGAUCCUUAGAAGAGAGCCACUUUUUCCUGGUAAAGACUAUGUUCAGCAGCUGGUGCUUAUAACUGAGCUAUUAGGUUCCCCGGAAGAUUCAGAUCUUGGAUUUCUUAGAAGUGAUAAUGCUAGGAAGUAUGUCAAGCAGCUCCCUUGUGUUCCAAAGCAACCUUUCUCAGAGAAGUUUCCUAACAUAUCUCCAAUAGCCAUGGAUCUUGUGGAAAAAAUGCUAGUUUUUGAUCCAAGCAAGCGCAUAACUGUUGAGGAAGCCUUGAAUCACCCAUUUUUGUUGCCUCUCCAUGAGAUCAACGAGGAGCCCAUCUGCCCCUCUCCUUUCAUCUUCGAUUUUGAACAAUCAUCCUUAAGUGAAGACGAUAUAAAGGAACUCAUAUGGAAUGAGUCUCUGAAUUUCAACCCUGAUGAGAUGCUGGAGUGAUCAUAACCAUGUUGUUCUGCUGCUUUAUUCACCAUAGUUCCUGAUCAGUAUUUUGGUUUUUGCUUGGAAGGUAAGUAAAUGUAUACUAUGUGGUUGGAUUAUGUAUAAGAGUGAUUGGGAAGAUAGGUUCUUCCUUGUAUUGAGAGGGUGAAGUGGUAGUUGUUUUAGAGCAAUAUUGAAGAGUUACUGGGGUUACAUUCUUUUCAAGAAUCCAGCAACCCAUGGAGGGUUGGCCUGCAUAAAAAGAAGGUUAUGCUCUUCUGACCUUCUGUCUUGAGUCUGUAUUGUAUAUCCCAAAUCCAAUUUUAUCAAUACAAAAAGGAAAAAAAUAAAUAAGUACUUGUGAGGGGAAACUACUGAUUUUUUUUCA